AUGGAUGCCGCUUCCGGUCCUCAAAGUUGGCUGAAAAGGGCCACGCCAUGGUCGGAGCCGCAACCGCUCACUCAAAAGUCUUUAGCGCCCGUGUUAGGAGCAGUGCUGGCAGAGACUUUACUUUACGGUGUCCAUCUGAUUCUAUUCCUCAUCUGCGUCUACUUCUUGGUCGCACGUAAGAUGAGGCUCCAGUGGCUCAUGCUCAGCGGGGUCAUUGCGAUGUUCCUUCUGGCUACCGCAGACAUUGGGUUUUCCUUCCAUACCAUCCUCAAGCAAACCCAGUCAAUCGUGUUCCCCAAGUUUGUGAUCUAUGUCACCAAUAAUUCCAUUGCGCUUUUACUACUUGUUGCAAGAUUCUAUGUUGUCUGGGGUCAGAAGAAAUGGAUGCUCGCCUUGGCCUUGAUACCCGCACUCGCUUCGACAGGCUUUGGCUACGCGUGCCGUAUCGAAAACCCACAAACGAUGAAGAGACUCAUCCCGGCGUACUUUCUAAUAAACCUUAUCACGAGCAAUAUACUCACCUUCUUGACCGGUACGUCGCUUCCCUUCUUGCAACUCAGGGCUGCUGCGAGUUGUGAACGUGCGUUGCGGUUCACGACAGCGGGCCGAAUAUGGUGGAUCUCACGGAGUGCGAGCGAUGUUUUGGGCAAGCGGAGGAGGCAGUAUCGUAUCACUAGCGCAAUAAUAGUGGAGUCGGGAUUGUUAUACAGCGUCUCGAUGCUGCUCGUUAUCGCGUUGUCCUCGACGGUAUGGGUGUCUGUCGCAGCGGCCGUAAUGCUACGUAUGGUUUCCAUCGUUCCAGUCCUGAUGGUCGUUCAAAUUGCUAUCAACCACGCUAGCAGCACCUCCCGACGCGAACGUGGAAAAACAGCUGACAUCCCAGCCCUCACUACACGCUCGAGGGUCCCAACGUCUGCCAUGCUAGACACCAUCGUCCGUACCGACCUUCCAACCGAUUCGUCUAUCGAGCUGACGUCUCGAGCGUCAACGACGGCGCCCAAGUUCGAACCCCAGCGGAACCAUGUGUCGCGGUGA